UCUUCCUUCUCCUCCUCUCACUCUGUAAAUAUUACUCUAUCUGCCCCCAAACACACGCUCAUUGCAACGUAGGGCUCACCUGACAUGGAACUCCCAGCAGACAAAAAAGAACACGAUAACAACAACCAGCAGCUGCCCCCGCCCUCCGACGAAGACAGGGACCGUGUUGCCCUCGAUCUUAAGGCCGGUCUCCACCCUCUCAAAAACAAAUUUGUAUUUUGGUACACUCGUCGAACUCCUGGAGUUAGAACUCAGACGUCAUACGAGGAUAAUAUCAAGAAGAUUGUGGACUUCAGCACAGUUGAAGCCUUUUGGGUCUGCUAUUGUCACUUAGCUCGCCCCUCCACGUUACCAAGCCCAACUGAUUUGCAUCUGUUCAAGGAGGGUAUUCGUCCACUGUGGGAGGAUUCUGCUAACUGCAAUGGUGGGAAAUGGAUCAUUAGAUUUAAAAAGGUUGUGUCAGGCCGUUUUUGGGAGGACCUGGUUCUAGCAUUAAUAGGAGAUCAACUCGAUUAUGGUGAUAAUAUUUGUGGAGCAGUAUUAAGCAUCCGUUUUAAUGAGGAUAUAUUGAGCGUGUGGAACCGGAAUGCAUCUGAUCAUCAGGCUGUGAUGGCACUGAGGGAUUCUAUCAAGAGACAUUUGAAGCUUCCCGCCAGCUAUGUAAUGGAGUACAAGCCCCAUGAUGCUUCACUACGAGACAACUCCUCAUAUCGCAACACUUGGUUGAGAGGAUAGAUAAGAGUAGCCCAUAAAGACGUUGCGUGCUGCAUCCAGUUACUUCAUAUGAGUAUCCUGUUUACCCAGUUAGCCCUUCAAUGGAAGCUAACCGGCGCCAUGUAUGGAUGUUUGACUAACCUAACCGUUUGCAUUCUCUGUACUACUGAUGCAAUGGUUUUCCAUUGCACUUUUCAAUUCUGUCAAUUACUGAUGCCCAUUGCUGUAGUUUGCAAGCACUUUUCUGGUCUGGUAUCUCGUCAUUUCAUGAGUUUCAGAAUGAUUCAAGUA